GAUCCACAAGAUUCCUUCAUCCUGUAUAGAAUUUCCUUCCAGGACAGACAAAGGAUGCAGAAACAACCGUUAGCAAGUGAGGGAACUGGAAAAGGCCCCUCUGCUGUUGAGCCUGGCAGCUGUGGGAAGAUCUGGGCAAAAACUGGGCAGAAGAUGCUGGAGGAGAAAACCAUCAUCCGUUCAGAGAUUCAGCCCUGCAACUUCAGAGACAUCCAAUAUCAGGAGACUGAAGGUCCCCGAGGACUUUGCAGCCGACUCCACAACUUUUAUAGUCAGUGGCUGAGGUUAGAAAAGCACACUAAAACCCAAAUAUUGGACCUUGUUGUUUUGGAGCAGCUCCUGGCUCUUCUGCCCCAGCAGAUGGCAAACUGGUUGCGGGAGUGUGGAGCAGAGAGUAGCUCCCAAGCGGUGGCCCUGGCGGAAGGCUUCCUCAUGAGUCAGGCAGAGGAGCAGAAGGAGCAAGUCGAAUUGCAGUCUUUCACUCUACAAACCAGACAUCCUGUGAGAAGGAGGAAUCCAUCCAAUCCCCUUCGGGAGCUGUUUUCCAGGAGGAUCUAUCAGGAAUCUGCAACUCAGGACAUCUCAGAUGGGAAGAAUAGAAUGAAUUUGACUCCUUUUUAUGGUGGCGCUGAAAGAGUGGUUGAAGCUCCAACUCAAGAGGGUCUUGUGUCUUUUAAGGAGGUGGCUGUGUAUUUCUCCGAUGAGGAGUGGUCUCAGCUGGAUGAUGACCAAAAAGCACUACAUCGGGAAGUCAUGCUGGAAAAUCAUAGCAACGUGGCCUCUUUGGGUAAUAAUGGGGAGGAAAAUGAAGAUUCUGGAAAACUAUUCCAAACGAUCACUCAGGGAUACAAUAUGAAGAACCCUACAUUUCAAAUGGAAGAAGAAAGCCAUGAGAGAAACCAAUCAAAUCAUUGCAAUCAGGAAAGUUCAUCUUUUGUUCAUGUACCAACGAAAGCCUCUGUGUCCCAACAAGGAAAAAUAAAAAAGAAAUAUAUUGGAAAAUGUAAAAAACUAUUCAUAAAGAAAUUAGAUAUAAAUAGACACGAUCAAACCCAAACCAAAGGAGAAGAUUAUGUAUCUAGAGAAAGUGGAAAAAAUUACAAACGGACCUUGUGUCUUCCUCAUAAAAAUGGGUCCCGUACAUCUCGAAAAAGGACCCGCAAAGGAGAGAAGCCACAUAAAUGUACGGAGUGUGGAAAGAACUUUAUUAAGAACAGUCAACUUAUUUACCAUAAAAGGAUCCACAAAGCAAAAAAAACAUAUGAAUGCGUGGAGUGUGGGAAGAGCUUUACUAAGAACAAACUUCACUUCUAG